GAGUGUCGCCAUCUGUUGGAGGAGACAGUGACCACCAUCACCAUCGUCUGCUCCACACUGCUGCUAUUUUACCCAUUAUUAGUGAGAUGCUGAGGAGCUCAGCGGCCCUGAGGGCAGCCCUGCCCAGGCUGACGCCCAGGAACGUGCCCAGGAAGACGUCAGAACGUCGUCUGACGUCGCUGCUGACUUCAAAUGACAAGAAAAUAAGGGGCUUAAGAAUCCUGGAAGCACAUGCGGUGGAAGCAAAGAAGCCAACAGCUGUAGUGUCUCCCUUUUUCCGAGGCUAUGCAUCGAAUGGCGACCUUCCUCCCCACAUUAAGGUCAAUCUCCCGGCCCUCUCCCCUACCAUGGAGAUGGGCACCAUCAUCUCAUGGGAAAAGAAAGAAGGUGACGUUCUCAAUGAAGGAGACUUGCUGGCGGAGAUUGAGACAGACAAGGCCACCAUGGGAAUGGAAACUCCAGAGGAGGGUUACCUGGCAAAGAUUGUUGUUCCUGCAGGUGAAAAGGAUAUCCCUCUUGGAAAGCUUCUGUGUAUCAUUGUAAGUGAUGAGAAGGAUGUUAGUGCCUUCAAGGAUUACCAGCCUACCGAAGAGGCUUCUGCAGCCCCUGCAGCAGCAGCAUCACCCCCACCUGCAGCAGCAGCUGCCACACCACUGCCACCACCACCACCACCACCAGCAGUCAUGCCUCCUGCUGCAGCUCCAACUACUUCCCCACCAGCUGUUGCUCCAGGAAGCUUUGUAUAUGCCUCUCCUUAUGCUAAAAAGUUAUCUAGCGAACAAAAUAUUGAUCUCUCGGCAAUAGCUCAAGUUUCUGGCAUAGGUCACAGUGCUGCUGAUUGGCUCAGAGGCUCGGAUGUCCAAAAGUUUGCAUCCCAGGUUGCAGCUGGACCACAGGUUUCUGCUCCUGGCCCCAUCCCCAUUCCCGGAGCUACAUACACAGACAUGCCAAUUUCAAACAUUCGCAAUGUUAUAGCAAAGAGACUAUGCUUGUCCAAACAGAGCAUCCCGCAUUACUACCUAAGCAUAGACGUGUGUAUGGACGAGGUGUCACAACUACGACAAGAAUUUAAUAAACUCUUGGAGAAAGAGGGUAUAAAAAUUUCCUUCAAUGACUUCAUCAUCAAGGCUUCUGCGCUGGCAUGCAAGAAGAUCCCCGAAGCUAACUCCUCGUGGCUGGACACUGUAAUCAGGCAAUAUAAUAAUGUAGAUGUGAGUGUCGCAGUCAGUACAGAUCGUGGCCUCAUCACCCCCAUAGUAUUUAAAGCAGAACAAAAAGGCCUUGCUACCAUUGCCACUGAUGUCAAGGCUCUUGCAGCAAAGGCUAGAGAAGGAAAACUCCAGCCUCAUGAGUUUCAGGGUGGCACAUUCUCCGUCUCAAAUCUUGGUAUGUUUGGUGUGAAGAACUUCAGCGCUAUUAUUAACCCUCCACAGUCUUGUAUUCUGGCUGUGGGAGGAACUGAGAAGAGGCUCGUUGUUGAUGAAGAGUCUGAGCAAGGGUUCCGUGUUGCUCACAUUAUGUCAGUCACGUUAAGUUGUGACCAUCGCACGGUAGACGGUGCUGUUGGGGCACAGUGGUUGGCAGCAUUCAAAAAAUAUUUAGAAAAGCCAUCAACUAUGAUAUUGUAAAUCGGUUGUCUGAGGGGGUUAGAAUAGUAGAACAUUAUUUAUUUUUUAAUCAUGUCAAAGUAGACGAGCUGAAAACUUUGUUGUAAAUAUAUAUUAUCCAUGCAGGAAGCUUUGCAUUUCUGCAUUAUUGCCAGUAGGAUGCAUACUGAUGCCCUCCUACACUCAUGCACAUUCAUAUAUUUAUACAUUUUGUUAUGGUGUUUGUUAAAUUCUUGGUUAUAAGCCUUUCAGAAAGUUCCACAUUUUCUAAAGAGUUAUUGAUUGUAAAUAUAUUUGUAAAUUCUCUACUACUUUAUAUGAUUACCCUCUAUUAAUUAGGCCUUUUUUAACUAGGGUAAAUAGCGAAUAUUUUUUUAAAAGGGAUAUACUACAUUGAGAUGUUGGACGUAUUGUUUUUUAUCUAUGCACACAAUGCAACAGUCGGUCAUUUGUAUUAUCUUGUAUAACAUGUAGAAUAAAAGGAAGUAUAUUGCCCCAUCAGAUGGAUUUACAGUUGAAAAGAUGUAGAAAUAUGUAGUUAAGAGUUUUCUUAGUUACAAAAAGAAUUGUGCUCAUGUGAAUAUUGGAAAAAUGUAAAUAAGAGUUAAAUGCCGUAUAUAUUACUUCAAAUGACUGGUAUAUGAUAUUAAAUUGCAAAUUUAAGGAUUAUAUGAGUUGAUAUUAAUUCCGGGGGUUUACAUUAAGUUGUCAAAGGUUGCUUUCAUCUUCAUCGCUGUGGUUGUUUCACGUAACAAACAUCGUCACUCCAGACAUUACAAGUUACAGGACUUAUCUACCUAUAUGUUUGAAUGAACCAUUUCCUGUAUCAAGGAGGGCCUUUGAUGUUACUGUCAAUCUGUGUCUUGCCAUUUGCCCCAAAAGUUGUGGGGUAUAAUGCUAGCCAAUGUAUGUUGCUGUGUUAGGAUCAUUUACAACUCCUGGAGGAGUGACUGGGGCUCGGCUUUUGUGCUGGACGGCACUGCAUGAUUUUGCAGUUUUCUGUUGUUUGUUGGUUAUUGAAUAAAGUUCAGAAUGAAGAAUUAAGCUGCUACAUUUGUUUGACAGAGUACAACUUGCCUUUGUAAUGUGUUCAAAGACAUUGUAUAUUCUGCAUUUUGGAAAAUGCACAAUAAAUACCCAAGUGCCUUUUGCAUUUACACACGUCUUUGGAGGAGCUAGAAGCUGUGUGUAAAUGCCCAUAAGAGAUUGGGUGUUUUUCUGGUGUUUUUUCCAUAUACAAUAAAUCCUUGAUUUAAUGAAACCCAGUUUAAUGUACAAGACUUAAGAAAUGUGGGGGCAAAAUCCACUUGGUCAGUUAAUUUGGAAGCAAAUGACAAAGUUCAUUGCUUACAGAAUUGUCCGAUUGUGGCAAUCAUGGCAAUAAAAUCUUGCCUCUGUCCACAACAAAAACUUAUUGAUCAUUUGCUCCCGUUUUUAUUAGUUUAAGUCUGGGGUUUAAUGUAUAUACAUAAUACAUAUAUGCAGUACAUUUGUAAACAGGCAAUCUCAAAAUAGAGAACAAGCCAAAGACUUCCAUUCCCAUGUUGCUUGUUCUGCAUACAUAUUUUAACAUGAUGGCUGUUUCUCACCGAGGCAGGGUGACCUGAAAAAAAGAAAGAAAAUUUUUCUUUUUACAUUCAGUAAUUUAUACAGGAGAAGGGGUUACUAGCCCCUUACUUCCAGCAUUUUAGUCUUUUAAAACAUGCAUGGCUUACAGAGAAAGGAUUCUUUUCCACUUACCCAUGGUGGGAAUAUUUGCAGGUUAGAAGAACAUUUGAAAUGUAGUCGUCGUGCCUAUGUCAAGACAACGAUGGAGUGAAUGAUGGUGAAAGUUUUUUUUUUCAAGUUCUCUUACCUCAGUGGGGGACAGUCAGUGCAUUAAAAAAAUAGUCAUGCAUUUUUUUAGGUAUUUCUUACAAUCACUGCAUUUUAUUUAAGAUUUUGUACCUAUUUAGCACUGAUGAGGAUAUCGCUUAAAAUUUCUCCUGGUUUAACUGGCAAAUGGUGCCAACAAUGAGACGGUUCACGGAUCACGCCUUUAGUUUAGUGUUAUUUGGCUUGACACUGAAUUUCUUUAAGCUGAAAUGAGUGGAACAUAAGAAAGAUUUACUCUGCAAAUGCACUCUUCAUAAUUCAUUGAUAAAUGUUGCUGUGGUCAUGUCCCCAGUUUUUUCCUGGCCGUUUUAAAGAUCCAAAUGUCUGGGAAGAAAAGGUGUAAGAUAUUGUAUAUUCAGAUGUUAUAUACACAAAUAAAAUUUGUGUUAUACAA